AUGGCUAAAAUGCACAACUCCAAAACAUCCACUCGAACUAUGGCUGAAACUGCCAAAUCACCUUAUGGUGAUUCGCGCGCUCGUAACAAUCCUCGGGCGGUACAUCCAAAUUCCACGACACCACCUUUGCCACACCAAGUUUCAGGAAGUCGCAUCCAAAUGAUGCUAAAUCGUUCCAGAAGAGCCACCGUUCCUGAAGUAGAAGACAUUGCCGAUAGCUCUAUUGGCGACACUUCCAUUUCCGAAACCGGACCUGACGAUCUCAAUGAAUACAACUUCGAAAGUAGUAACAACAUUGAUCUCAACAGGCAAAUCCAGAUUGCGCUUGAAGAACAGGCCGAGUUAGAAGACAACCUGGUAUCCCCACAAGCCAGUGUACAUAUUGACAGCUCAAACAACUCAAGCAGCUCAUCGAAUGACAAUACGACUCACUUGUCCGGUAGAAGAUUGCAAAUCUUCAAUCAGAUUGCGGGGCGGGCACACCUUGACGAGCAGAACGACCAAUUUAUCGCCUGUAUGGUAGCUGUAUUAGCAACCCUUCAAGACGUCUCGAGUAUCCGCAAUGAGAUCCUUGGUGCAAUACGUACCAACCCACAUACUCGAGGUGUUUCUACCCCAGAUGUUGUCACUUGGAAAGCAGAUAGUGCGGAACUGAAGCAAUGUAUGCGAUUAUUGGCAACACAAUCAAUCUUAGGUGGCGGAGUUCAAGCUUAUACUGCGCGUGUUGAUCCUUUGGGAGGCACUGAUCAAUUACCUCUAGGUUUAUAUUCAAGAGUUAUGAGUGCCCUGUUAUCCAAUCCUAGCGAGUGGAAGAACAGAGUGCUUCCACCGGGAUAUGGAUCGAACCCUGAUCCCCGUCAUACUCGAGCUUUGGAAACAACCCUCAACAAUGUCCUAAAGGAGGUUUGCAAAAGUUUUGAUGAUGUGCUUCUUACCCACAUCAACCUUCCCAACCGAGUCAAUUCUGGAGGACAUGCAAAUGUACCGGUGCUUGACACUGUUAUUGUGAAGGUGAGACAAGGACAAACAUUUGUCCGAUGUAGAGUUAGAAUAACAUCUAUGUAUUACGUAGCUUUAUCAGAAAGAACGCGGAAUGAUUGGCGGACGGGUUCGAGUGCGCGAAGAGAUCCUGCAGGAGGUAGAUCAAUUGCGAACCUCACGUUACGCAUGGCUGACUUCCUUUCCGCGCGCCAGAGAAUGCAAGCUAUCCACUGGGGAAUGAAUUUUGCAGACUAUGGAGGUCGCUCUUUUUGGAAUGUAGUGGACCGUCAACUGGCUCAUUUGCGUACACAGAGCACACGUUACCGUUAUGCGUUCUUUAUAUUAGUAUUGCAAUCAGACCUUGAACGCAUUGAUGGCACGAAGACGUUUGACGGAAUGAAGGAGACCACCAACUUCUCUUUGCCUACUGAAGCGCAAAUUAACCACACGAUGAACGAAUUGAACCAGACAUUUGGAGCAACGGUUCAACCUGAUGAGGAGGCCCAUGCCAUAGUUACAGACAAGGCCGAACGAGUUUGUAACUGA